AUGAACCCUGACGAUGAUAAUGACCGGUCGUCCUCGACCCCAACAGGCACAUCCAAGUCCGGCCAGGACAAGGAGAAGCCCCGUCUGACCGAUCAAGAAAAGAAGAACAAUCAUAUCGCCUCAGAGCAGAAGCGCCGUGCCGCCAUUCGAGAGGGCUUCGAUCGUCUCACAGAAUUGGUCCCUGGACUCGAAGGACAGGGUAGGAGUGAGAGCAUUGUCCUCCAAAAGACCGUUGACUUCAUCCACCUAAAAUUGCAAGAGCGGCACAACCUCAUCGCCGAAGUCGAGCACAAAGGCGGUCGGGUAGACGAGUCCCUGCGACCUACAUAG